UGCAUAUUCGGAUCAGAUGAGAAUGAGCCUACAUCAUUGGCAGCUGAUUUCCAGCAUCAUUUGUCUCAUGUUCGCUGUUUAGAACCGAAACGAACUGAGGACUGAACGCAACACCUAGUGCGACAUGGCCCGAGAAAAAAAGGACAGAGACAGCUGGGGGUCUUUCGUGGAUAGGAAUGUGUAUGACUGGAGCUCAGAGGAGGAAGAGACAGAUGGGCGGGCACGUCCAGUGCAGGUCUUGGUGGUGAAGGAUGAUCACACGUUUGAGCUGGAUGAGGCAGCGCUCAGUAAGAUCCUGCUGGCUGAAGAGGUCCGAGACAGAGAGGUGGUGGCCAUUUCUGUAGCAGGAUCCUUCCGUAAGGGCAAAUCCUUUCUCAUGGACUUUAUGCUGCGUUACAUGUACAGCCAGGACAGUGAUAAGUGGUUGGGAGACCCUGAUGAGCCGUUGACAGGAUUUUCAUGGAGAGGCGGAUCAGAGCGGGAGACCACUGGCAUUCAGAUCUGGAGUGAAGUCUUCCUAGUGGACAAACCAGAUGGAAGCAAGGUGGCAGUGCUGCUAAUGGACACACAGGGAACCUUUGACAGCCAGUCCACCCUCCGUGACUCAGCUACAGUAUUUGCCCUCAGCACCAUGAUCAGCUCUAUGCAGGUGUAUAAUAUAUCUCAGAAUGUUCAGGAAGACGAUCUUCAGCAUCUGCAGCUUUUCACCGAAUAUGGCAGACUGGCCAUGGAAGAAACAUUCCUCAAACCAUUUCAGUCAAUGAUCUUUCUGGUGCGGGACUGGAGUUUCCCUUAUGAGUUUCCCUAUGGACAGGAUGGAGGAAUGAAGUUCCUGGAGAAAAGAUUAAAGAUCUCCGAGAACCAACAUGAGGAGCUGCAAAACGUGAGAAAACACAUCCAUUCCUGCUUCACGAACAUCUCCUGCUUCCUCAUGCCACACCCAGGACUCAAAGUGGCCACAAACCCACUAUUUAAUGGCAGAUUAAGGGAGAUCGAUCAAGACUUUAUCAAUAAUCUGCAAGUGCUUGUUCCGUGGUUACUACAGCCCAAAAACCUGGACGUGAAAGAGAUAAAUGGAAGCAAAAUCAGUUGCCGUGGACUCCUGGAGUACUUCAAGGCAUAUAUCAAGAUUUACCAGGGAGAGGAGCUUCCACACCCUAAAUCCAUGUUACAGGCCACAGCAGAGGCGAAUAAUUUGGCUGCAGUGGCUGCUGCUAAAGAUCUAUAUAACAGGAAGAUGGAGGGGGUGAGUGGAGGUGAUCGUCCCUUCCUCGCACCGAGCGAGCUACAGACGCGUCACUUGGACAUUCGCGAGGAGGCAUUGAUGUUGUUCCGCGGGGUGAAGAAAAUGGGCGGGGAGGAGUUUAGCCGGCGUUACCUGCUGCAGCUGGAGGCAGAGAUCGAUGAGCUGUUCGUGCAGUACAUCAAACACAAUGAAUCUAAGAACAUCUUUCACGCGGCACGCACGCCUGCGACGCUGUUCGUGGUGAUCUUCGUGAUGUACGUGGCCGCAGGAAUCACUGGGUUUGUGGGCGUGGACAUCAUCGCAAGUGUGUGCAACAUGGUGCUGGGCUUCGCACUCAUCACUCUGUGCACCUGGGCAUACAUCCGCUACUCAGGAGAAUACAGAGAACUGGGCGCAGUCAUUGACCAGGUGGCCGGAGCCCUGUGGGAUCAGGGAAACACAAAUGAGGCUCUGUAUAAGCUGUACAGUGUGGCUGCAAACCACAGGCAGUUUUAUAAUCACGCCUUCCCUGGACACCAGACCAACCAACACCCUGAGCAGGACAAGAAACGAAACUGACCGGACAGUUUCAGUUUCAC